AUAACAACGAGAAAAACAAAGCCAAGUAGUCCCGCACCGCACGGAAAGAGUAGAAGAUCAAAAUUCCAGUCCUUCCCAUCCCCAUCCCCAAUUCUCAAGUCCUAGGGUUUUCUAUUAUCCAUGUCCCUCCUCCCACACCUAUCCUCCGUAUGGCUGUCGCUGAUAGUGUGCGUUUUGGGGCUAGGGUUCGGGGUGGAUUUCGGGCACGCUCUGAAGGUGCCGUUUUGGGUCAAGGACGUGCUUCCCGUGCUGCCACAUCAGAUAUCGUGGCCGGUGCUGAACAACUUCCACAGCGCCGUGGACUUGUUGCCGGCUUUCGUCGGAUCGGUGAGUCCAUACAACAGCACGGUUGAGUGGAAGGGAGCGUGCUUUUACGGCAACGAGGCUCGCCUCGAGUUCACCAAAGGCGACCGGGACGAGCAGGAGGGCUUGGGAGGCGGCGUCCUCUAUCUCAAGACAUCAGAAGCGCACAGCUGGAGCUGCAUGGAUCUGUAUGUGUUUGCAACGCCCUACAGGAUUACAUGGGAUUACUACUUCUCUGCUAGAGAACAUACAUUGAAAUUUGAUUCGUGGGAAGAGCAUGCAGAGUUGGAAUAUGUUAAGCAGCAUGGGAUUUCUGUAUUUCUUAUGCCAUCAGGAAUGCUGGGGACCCUGCUUUCUUUAGUGGAUGUCUUGCCUUUGUUUUCGAACACUGCAUGGGGUCAGAAUGCUAACAUAGAUUUCUUGAAGAAGCACAUGGGUGCCUCAUUUGAAAAACGUCCUCAGCCUUGGCUUGCAACUAUAAAUCCUGAUGAUGUUCAUUCUGGUGAUUUCUUAGCCGUAUCAAAGAUCCGUGGUCGUUGGGGUGGAUUUGAGACAUUAGAAAAAUGGGUAACCGGUGCUUCUGCUGGUCAUACAGCAGUUUGUUUGAAGGAUGAAAUGGGUAAUCUUUGGGUUGGUGAAUCUGGGCAUGAGAAUGAAAAGGGUGAAGAAAUUAUAGUGGUAAUUCCAUGGGAUGAAUGGUGGGAGUUGGCACUAAAGGAUAGUUCUAAUCCGCAGAUAGCCUUGCUUCCCUUGCAUCCGGAGUUGCGUGCAAAGUUCAACUCCACUGCAGCAUGGGAAUAUGCUCGGAGCAUGGCAGGCAAGCCAUAUGGCUAUCACAACAUGAUAUUUAGUUGGAUUGACACUGUGACUGACAACUAUCCUCCACCUCUUGAUGCUCACUUGGUCAUUUCUGUCAUGUCUAUGUGGACUAGGAUGCAGCCAGCAUAUGCUGCAAAUAUGUGGAAUGAAGCUCUAAACAAGCGACUAGGGACUGAGGAUUUGGACUUAUAUGAAAUGCUGGCUGAAACUGAACAGCGCGGCAUAGCAUUUGAUCAAUUGCUUACCAUUCCAGAACAAGAUGAUUGGGUAUAUAGCGAUGGGAAAUCGACAACCUGCGUCGCAUUUAUCCUUUCGAUGUAUAAAGAGGCUGGAGUUUUCGGGCCUGUUUCUAGUUCUAUUCAAGUAACCGAGUUUACUAUUCGUGACGCAUAUAUGCUUAAGAUAUUUGAUGAUAACCAAACACGGCUUCCAAGUUGGUGCAACAAUGUGGAUGGACGGCUCCCAUUCUGCCAGAUUCUUGGCGAGUAUUGGAUGGAAUUGCCUCAGUAUAACACGGUAGAGCCAUAUGCCAACAUGAAUGAGAACUGCCCCUCCUUACCUCCUAAUUAUGAUAGGCCCGUUCAAUGUUAAAUUCGAAAUUCACUGUACAUGCUUGUGUUGUUCCUCAAGCAUGCGUUUAUGCUGCUUUUAUACAUGUAUGAUAUGACUUCUGUACGUAGUUGCAAAUGUGUCUAUGGAAUAUCCUUGGAACA